ACGAAAUCAAAAUCAAAACAAAAAUCAAACGAAACAGCAAAAAAUGUUGGCUAGGGUUUUGAGAUCUGAAUCUGCGUCUGCUUCAGCUAGAAUGGUCAGUACGAGAUUGAUUCAUCUUCGUUCCGCCAAGUCACGUACGGCUUCGAAGAGUUCUUUGAGGGAAGGUACAUUUAUAGGAGAUGAACUGAAAUUGAGAAGUGGGUCUCAUUAUAUCAAAAGCUUAGAUGAUGCGAUUGUUUUGUUCGAUGAAAUGGUUCGAUCUCGUACCUUCUAUUCAGUUAUCGAUUUCUGUAAAUUAAUAGGUUUGGUAGUGAGAAUGAAUCGUCCCGAUGUUGCGAUUUCUCUCUAUCAGAAGAUGGAACUGCGCCGGAGUCCAUUUGAUGUUUACAGCUUCACUAUUCUGAUUAAAUGUUUCUGCGACUGUCAUAAGUUGUCCCUUGCUUUAUCUACGUUUGGGAAGAUGGCCAAACUUGGUUUCCAGCCCGAUGUUGUUACGUUUAGCACGCUGCUCCACGGGUUAUGUCUAGAAGAUAGGAUCUCCGAAGCCCUAGUUUUGUUUGAUCAAAUGGCGGAAACGGGAUGUACACCCAAUCUCAUAGCGUUCAACACACUCAUGAACGGUCUUUGCCGUGAGGGUCGAGUUCUCGAAGCAGCUGAUCUGUUUGAUCAAAUGGCUCAAAUUGGAUUAACAUCAAAUGUCGUCACAUUCACCACACUGAUCAAUGGUCUCUGUCUACAAGGUCGAGUUCUCGAAGCAGUAGCUUUGGUCAAUGAGAUGGUAGAAAAAGGUCAUGAACCUAACGUAGUUACUUACGGAGCAAUCGUAAAUGGAAUGUGCAAGAUUGGCGACACUGACUCAGCCUUGGAUCUGCUUAGGAAGAUGGAUAGAAACCACGUCAAAGCCAAUGUUGUAAUCUAUUCUGCCAUCAUUGAUCGUCUUUGCAAAGAUGGGCAACACAGCCAUGCUCAAAAUCUUUUCACUGAAAUGCUUGAGAAAGGAAUUGUUCCCAAUGUUCUUACCUACAACUGUAUGAUAGACGGGUUUUGUAGCGUUGGUAGAUGGAGUGAUGCUGAAAAAUUGUUGCGUGAUAUGAUUGAUAGGCAAAUCAAUCCUGAUGUUGUAACUUUCAAUGCAGUGAUCAAAGCAUUUGUCAACGAAGGCAAGCUGUUUGAGGCUGACAAAUUGUACGACGAGAUGCUCCGUAGGGGUAUAUAUCCUGAUUCAAUCACAUAUACUUCAGUUAUCGAUGGAUUGUGCAAGUUUGGCGACACUAAGUCAGCUUUGAAUCUUCUUAGGAAGAUGAUGGAUACAAACCACAUCAAAGCCGAUGUUGUAAUCUAUACUGCCAUCAUUGAUCGUCUUUGCAAAGACGGGCAACAUAGCCAUGCUCAAAAUCUUUUCACUGAAAUGCAUGAGAAAGGAAUUAUUCCCGAUGUUCUUACCUACAACUGUAUGAUCGACGGGUUUUGUAGCUUUGGUAGAUGGAGUUAUGCUGAAAGAUUGUUGUGUGAUAUGAUUGAAAGGGAAAUCUAUCCUAAUGUUGUAACUUUCACCGCAUUGAUCAGUGCAUUGGUCAAAGAAGGGAAGUUCAUUGAGGCUGACAAAUUGUGGGACGAGAUGCUCCGUAGGGGUAUAUGUCCUGAUACAAUCAUAUAUACUUUGAUUAUCGAUGGAUUGUGCAAGCACGAUCGUCUAGAUGAUGCCAAACGCAUGUUUGAUUCGAUGUCUAGUAGCCAGGGCUGUUCUCCAGACGUAGUUACUGUUGAGCCUAAUGUUCACACUUACACUGUAAUGAUUAAUGGUUUUUGUGGAAAAGGUGCAAUCUCAGAGGCAAAUGCGUUAUUCCGUAAAAUGAAGCACAAUGGAAAUGUGCCAGAUCACUGCACAUACAAUACACUAAUCAGAGGAUGUCUUAGAGCUGGUGAAAUAUAUAUCUCCGCUGAACUUAUCACGGAGAUGCGAAGCAGCGGGUUCAGUGGAGAUGCAUUCACCAUGGAAAUGGUUGCUGAAAUGGCAUCUCGUGGUAGAUUGGACAAGAGCUUUUUGGAUAUGCUGUCUUAGUGUCUCUGGUAAAGAGUGACCGUCUUGAUCUUGUUUCUUCCAUGGUGUAUUAGACUCACUUGUGUCUGUCUCUUUGUUUCUUCACUUGUGUCUGUCUCUUCACAAGAAACACUAACACAGCAAGAGGGUUCAAUGCUAUAUGUCUCACUUGUGUAUGUUCUUUUCGGAUGUGUCAAUGCUAUAUGUAACACACGUAAGAGGGUUUUGCAAAAUUUUCAAGUUUUAUAACAUGUGCUUGAGAAAAGACAGAAGAGAAGCAACGAAAGGUGAGUGUCUGAGGAACAAUUAACGUGGUGGAUCUGCUUUGUUUCUUGCUUUCUUGUUCUCUGGAGACUCGAAGAAAUAAUGCAAGAGAAGAUUUUGAGUAUCACCAGUGUUAUAAGACAACUAUGGAAUUUCUUCCAUGAGAAGAUAGCCAAGAACGACGAUCUCAUAAUUUUGGGAUUGAUUCUAGAGAGAGAAAGAAACAGGUUUAAUAAUCUGUUGGCGAGUAAGGCUUCGUUAAAAGCAUCGUGGAAAGUUGCUUCUCUAUCGUUCUUUUUAUUGAUAGGUUAUGUAUUUGUGGAUGUGUAUUUUGAUUUGCUCAG